AUGGCUUCCGAAGGACUCACCCGACGACGAGGCGCAGGUGCAUCACCAGCUAUCGGUUCAGCCUCACCAGCAUUCUCAGAUACACCCACUCUCGCAUCUACCUCUGGCGGUGCUCCGAGGAGACCCGGUGGAACGACAAAUAACGCGCCGACCAGUUCGGCAGGAGGAUCAGGCGGAGCAGGUGCGAUGGAAGGUAGAGGGAAGAUAGCGUAUGAUCCGAGGGAUUUUGAAAAUGGUGGAGAAUCAGAGACGAUGCCUAGGUUGACUAUCAUGGAGGAAGUUUUGUUAUUGGGUUUGAAAGAUAAAGCUGGCUACCUAUCAUUCUGGAACGAUAACAUCUCAUAUGCCUUAAGAGGUUGUAUCUUGAUUGAAUUGGCAUUACGACGUAGAAUAGCGAUGGUCAAAGAUCCAUCACGUAGGAGAUUGGCUUUAGCAGAUAGGUUGAUCGAAGUUAUCGAUGAUAGACAGACCGGAGAAACUAUAUUGGACGAAGCUUUGAAAAUGAUGAAAUCAAGUGAAAAAUACGGUACAGGUGCAUGGGUAGAUUUGAUGAGUGGGGAAACUUGGAAUGUGAUGAAAAUAGGAUAUCAACUCAAACAAGUUCGAGAACGUUUAGCGAAAGGUUUAGUUGAUAAAGGUGUAUUGAGGACUGAAAAGAGGAAUUUCCUAUUAUUCGAUAUGGCCACUCAUCCUAUAGCCGACAUGAAUGCCAAGGAUGAUGUGAUGAGGAGGGUUUUGACGCUUCUGACCGCUCGAACGGCUGCUAUACCUCCUCAGGCAUUACACAAGGAAGGUGUGAAAUAUAGACAUACAAGAGCGGUUGUCUUGGUUUGUGCAGCAUACGCAUCGAGCGUACUUGAGAACGCCCUUCAAAGGCUAUCUUAUGAUUCUCGAGAAGCUGCAUUCGCAAGGUGCGAUGAUAUCCUUGCUGAAUUCUCCACUUGGCCAUUUGGAGUGACGACAUCCAACGUGGCUGGACCGGUAUCCAUCGGAGGAGGAACGAGGAAAAGGGAAGGUGGAAGUGGUGGUGUGGGACGUGAGAGCGUACAGGAAUUGGUCAGAGAAGUGAGGAAAGAGAUGGCGGCCAGUACGACUGGUCAAGCUGGUGCAGGUGGUGGUCAAGAGGAGCAAGAAGAAUUGUGUUUCGAAGUUGUUGCUACGGUUUUAGAGAUUUUCGGAAGGAUGGAUAGCUUGUAUGAAUUGCUGACUGGAUGA